AUGGAAUUCCAGAUGGGACUGCAGAUGGGUCUGCCGGCUCUGUGCCGGUCGGACCCAUGGGCCGAAGUCUUGGACGUCGAUGCGGCUCGAAAUGUUACAGAAGAGCAGUUUCAGGUGGCCGUUCGCCGUGGAGGGUCCAGGCGGAGAUUACAGGGCUCUCCAGUGCAUCUGAUUGGCCUGCGGGCGUCUGUUGGGGAAUCUAGCGCAGCGGCAGGCGGCGCUAGCAGCCUAAAGACGCGGCAAUCGCGAGGAGACCGCAGCCAAUUGAUUCUGACCGGCGGCUACAGCAGCGUGGUGAACACUGCCGCGGAUCUCCUCAACAAGCGUUCGGCGGAAUACGAGAUUUACAGAUCAACGCAGCAGCUGGCCGUCUCGGCCAAGAAGCCUUCAUCCCAACCUGACAUAUUCUUGCGCCGGGCCUCGGCCGAUUCUUGGGCGAUCAACAUUCUGGGUUUCAAGGCCCUGUAA